AUGGCGUCUAUACCAAUUUUACAAAAUACAAACUUUGUAAACGAAGAUGGACAUAAUGCAUUACUGCUUGCAUCUGAAAACGACAAUGCCGUAGAAACUCUAAUUAAAGGUGGAGCACACGUACGUCAUAUAAUCAAAAUAAAUGGUUUCAGUAAAUUAAUAAUCGCUUCGCAAAAUGGACACGAUAAGAUUCUGAUCACAGGUGAAUCGGACGUUCUUUAUGCGGAUGUAAAUUGGCUGAAUGCUUUAACGUACGAGGCAGUAAAUGGACACGACAAGGUCGAAGAUAUUCUAAUUAAAGGCGGAGGAGACAUAUAUGUAGGGGUAAAUGGAAUGAAUGCUUUAAAGCUUGCAGCAGUACAUGGACACGACAAGGUUGUAGAUGUUUUGAUUAAUGGUGGGGCAGACGUCAAUCACCUAAAUGUAAUGAGUGCAUUAAUGAUUGCAUCUCAAAAUGGGAAAGACAAUGUCGUAGAUGUUUUAAUAAAACGUGAAGCAGACGUACUUAUUGUCACUGAGAAUGGUUGGAGUGCAUUAAUGUUUGCAUCUGAUAAUGGACUCGAGAAUGUCAUUGUUAUUCUAAUUAAAGGUGCAGCAAAGAUAGACCAUGUUAACGACAAAGGACAAAGUGCGUUAGUGUUAGCAUCUCUAAGAGGACACGACAAGGUGGUCGAUACUCUUAAACAAAAUGAAGCAGACAUAAAUGAUGCCCGUCAUGAUGGAUGGAAUGGACAUUACAAGGUCGUGGACAUUUUAUUAAAUGGUGGUGCAGACGUAUUUCAUGUAAACAUAAAUCGUCAGAGUGCAUUAAUGUUUGCAUCAUGUAAUGGAUACAAAAAUGCCGUAGAACUUCUAAAUAAAUACAGAGCUGACAUAACCCAUGUUAUAGAAAAUGGAUCGAAUGCAUCAAUUGUUGCAUCUCACAACGGCUACGACAAGAUCGUGGUUAUGCUAAUUAAAUCUGGAGCAGAAAAGAUGCAUGGCAUUGAAGUUCGAAUGAAUGUGUUAAUGUUGUCAUUGCGAUAUAGACAUCACGAUGUUGUAGAUUUUCUAAUUGAAUAUGCUGCAGACGUACAGUAUGUAAACACACAUUUGAAUGAGUCUUUAAUUUUUGCAUCUGAAAACGGACACGAUAAGGUCGUAGAUACUCUAAUCAAACGCUCAGUAGGCAUAAUCAAUGAAGAUAGAUGGGGGGAUUCAUUAAUGAUUGCAUCUCAAAAAGGACACGAUAAGGUCGUAGAUAUUCUAAUUAAAUGCGGAGCAAGUGUUCAAUAUAAAAACGAAGACGGAUGGGAUGCAUUAAUGGUGGCAUCUCUAUAUGGCUAUGACAAGAUCGUAGAUAUUUUAAUUACAGGGGGAGCAGAAGUAUGCAAUGUAAACAAUGAUAAAUUUAGUGCAUUAAUGAUUGCGUCUCAAAAUGGACACGACAAGGUCGUAGAUAUUCUGAUACAAAAUGGAGCAAAUAUAAAUAUUUUUAAUGAAGAUGGUUAUGAUGCAUUAAUGAUUGCAUCUCAAAAUGGAUACGAUAAGGUCGUACAUAUUUUAUUGCAAUGUGGAGGAAAUAUAAACUAUGACAAUAAAGACGGAUGGAAUGCAUUAAUGAUAGCAGCUAAAAAUGGACACGACAAUGUCGUAGACCUUCUUAUUGAAAGUGGAGCAGACAUACACCAUGCUCAAGGAUAUGGAUGGCAUGCAUUAAUGAUUGCAUCUAAAUAUGGACAUGUAAAUGUUGUAAAUCUUUUAAUUAAAGGUGGAGCUGGUAUAAAUAAUGUGAAAGAAGAUGGAUGGGAUGCAUUAAUGAUUGCAUCUACACUUGGACACGUCAAGAUUGUAGAAAGUCUUAUCAAUAGUGGAGCAGAUACAGGCUAUGUCACAAAAGGUGGAUGGAAUGCAUUAUUGAUUGCAAGUCUCAAGGGACACGAUAAAGUCGUAGAAAGUCUUAUUAAAUGUGGAGCAGACAUACACUAUGUGGAUCAAUAUGGAUUUAAUGCAUUAAUUGUGGCCUGUGAUAAAGGACACGACAAAGUCGUAAAUAUUCUAAUUAAAAGCGGAGCAGACGUUAACUACAUGAAAAAAAAUAAGAUUAACGCGUUAUUUAUUGCAGCUGAAAAAGGACAUGAGAAAGUCGUAGAUAUUCUAAUACAUGGUGGAGUAGAUAUCUUUUAUGUAAACGAUGAAGGGAAGAAUGCAUUAAUGAUGGCAUCUGUAUAUGGACAAGACAAAGUCGUAGAUAUUCUAAGUAAAUGUGGAACUGACAUACAUUAUUUGGACAAACUUGGAUGGAAUGCGCUUAUGCUUGCCAUUAACAAUGGGCACAACAAAAUCGUUGAUAUUCUAAUUAAAGGAGGUGCAGACGUAAACCACAGAAACAAAAAUAAUCUGGACGCGUUAUUGAUUGCAGAUGAAAAAGGAAACGAUACAAUCGUAGACAUUCUAAUACAGAGUGGAGCUGACUUUCACAAUGUCAAUAUAAUUGGUUUGGAUGCGUUAAUGAGUGCAUGUCAAAAGGGAAACGAGAAAACGUUAAAUGUUCUUCUAAACAAGUUAGCAAACGAUACAUUAAGCUGCAAAGAGUUGUUGGACUUUGUUUCUGAAGUCAUGUCUGAGUUUUCAAACAUGAGAGACUUUGACGCUUUACAUUUCUUCAUGUACCAGAGAUGUUUGUGGAGAAUUUUCUCUACUAUAAAUGAGGAAGAUCGACAUACGUUUUCCUCUUCACUUUUACAACUCAACUAUGCUGAUAUAACGUUGAGAUGCUUAAAAGAUGAAAAUCUUCUUGAUACAACAGCACCAGGUUUUUCCUUAUCUUUAAUUCGUGAUAUGCUGAGUCUUUUGAUAAAUGGUAGUCAUCAAAGUACUGAGUUUGCUUUGCGUUUGGCCGAGAAGGAUGUUGUAAAAUUGUUUACAGAUUUCCUCAUCUCUCACAAUAACUUACAGCACUGGACUAAAUCAGGAUCUGCUGACUUGAUGUAA